AUGUCAAACCAAAGCUCUGAGCCUGAGUUCAUCCUCCUGAGACUUUCUGAUGCUAGCGAGUUGGAAAUACUGUAUUUUGUCAUGUUCCUAUUCAUUUACAUUACAGCCUUGAUGGGGAACCUUCUCAUCAUCACAGCUGUAGUCCUUGAGCCCAAACUUCACAACCCUAUGCACUUUUUCCUGAUGAACCUGUCCAUCCUGGACAUUGGAACAAUUUCUGUCAUCAUCCCCAAAACCAUGGUCAACUCGCUGCUGAACAUCAGGACAAUCUCCUAUGCUGGAUGUGCCGCUCAAGUAUUUUUCUUUGUAUUCUUGGCGGGAGCAGAUUUAGCCCUUCUCACCGUCAUGGCAUAUGACCGCUAUGUUGCCAUCUGCAAGCCCUUGCACUAUGAGGAAGCCCACAACGUGGCGACAAAGAAAAUGUCCAACCAAAGCUCUGUGUCUGAGUUCAUCCUCCUCAGCUUUUCAGAUGUUUGGGAGUUGCAAUUUUUGCAUUUUGUCAUGUUCCUAGUUAUUUACCUCAGUGCCCUGAUGGGGAACCUUCUCAUCAUUGUGGCUGUAGUGCUUGAUCACCACCUCCACAACCCUAUGCACUUCUUCCUGAUGAACCUGGCCAUCCUGGACAUUGGAACCAUAUGUGUCAUCAUCCCCAAAGCCAUGGUCAACUCCCUGCUGAACAUCAGAACUAUCUCCUACGCUGGGUGUGCCACACAAGUUUUUUUCUUUCUUUUCUUAGCGGGAACAGAUUUUGCUAUUCUUACUAUCAUGGCCUAUGACCGUUACAUUGCCAUCUGCAAGCCCUUGCACUAUGAGAUGAUCAUGAACAUAAGAGCAUGGGUCCAAAUGGCAUCCAGUGCCUGGGUAGCUGGUGUACUCAACUCUAUCAUGCACACUUGGAACUUGUUUUCAUUCACUUUCUGUGGAGGCAAUGUGGUAGACUCGUUCUUCUGUGAAGUCCCCCAGCUCCUCAAGCUCUCCUGCUCAGAUAUACAUUUCAGGGAACUCUGUAUAAUCUUAUUCACCUUUGGUUUAUCUUUGUCCUGUUUCAUUCUGAUUGUUGCAUCCUACGUUCUGAUCUUCCGUGCAGUCCUGAGAAUCCCCUCAGAGCAGGGCCUGCAUAAAGCCUUCUCAACCUGCAUCCCUCACCUCAUUGUGGUCUUCUUGUUUGUAUUUUCUGUCAUGUUUGCCUAUUUCAAACCUACCUCACACUCCCCAUCCGGGCUAGAUCUCAUACUGGGUGUCAUAUACUCAGUAGUGCCCCCCCACAAUGAAUCCUAUCAUUUACAGCAUGAGGAACAAGGAGAUCCUUGCUGCUCUGAGGAAACUGGCUUACUCUGUUCUUUCCUGACUACCAGGUGCCCAUCCUUCCCUCGUGAGCUUCCUGUCCUGUGCUUCUUGGGCCAUCUCAGGUAUGUAAUUGACAACAUAGUGUCUACAGAAAUGAACUAG